GAUUAUUUGAGUAGAAAAAUUGGAAAAAAAUCUCUCUCUCUCUCCGAGCAAAAGUGGGAACCUUCUUAUUUAUGUAGAAAAAUUGGAUCACUCUCUGAACAGAAUGUUUUCUCUCUCAAAUAUGUAGCACUGCCUCUCUCUCUCUCCUGUGUACGUCUCUCUAUCUCAGGCGUAACUGUUAAUUCUUCGAUUUGCCUCUCUAGAUCAGAGCCUACAAGCCAUAAAAAAUGUUCAAAUUCAUUAAAACUGUAGUGGCUGGAUCUGGAGCUGGUAUCAAGGAUCUUCCUUACAACAUUGGGGAGCCUUAUUCUUCAGCAUGGGGCUCAUGGAUCCACUAUCGAGGAACAUCUAAGGAGGAUGGGACCUCAGUGUCCAUAUUUGCUCUUUCGGGAACUAAUGCUCAAGAUGGCCACUUGGCAGCAGGUCGUAAUGGUGUCAAACGGCUACGCACGGUUAGGCAUCCAAAUAUCUUGUCAUUUCUUUAUAGUACAGAAGUUGAAGCUGGAGAUGCAUCUCAUAUUAAACCUACCAUUUAUAUUGUAACUGAGCCUGUUAUGCCACUUGCUGAAAAGAUAAAGGAGCUAGGUUUGGAAGGUACACAGAGGGAUGAAUAUUAUGCAUGGGGACUGCACCAAAUAGCUAAAGCUGUCAGCUUCCUAAACAAUGACUGCAAACUAGUGCAUGGUAAUGUGUGCUUAGCAAGUGUUGUAGUGACACAAACUUUAGACUGGAAGCUACAUGCAUUCGAUGUCCUAUCAGAGUUUGAUGGCAAUAAUGAGGCACCUACAGGUGCUAUGCUGCAAUUUGAGUGGCUCAUCGGAGUACAAUACAAACCAAUGGAGUUGCUGAAGUCUGAUUGGACUGCCAUUAGGAAAUCUCCACCAUGGGCCAUUGAUUCUUGGGGUGUAGGUUGUCUAAUUUAUGAGCUCUUUUCUGGUACCAAGUUGACAAAAACCGAAGAGCUACGUAACACUAGCCCCAUACCUAAGUCUCUGCUUUCAGAUUAUCAGAGACUCUUGAGUUCCACACCUUCCCGCAGAUUGAAUACUUCAAAGCUCGAUAAUAGUGAGUAUUUCCAGAAUAAGUUGGUGGAAACUAUCCAGUUCAUGGAGGUUCUGAAUUUAAAAGAUAGUGUUGAAAAGGACUCCUUUUUCCGAAAGCUACCAAACUUGGCAGAACAACUUCCCCGUGAGAUUGUUCUGAAGAAGUUACUCCCAUUACUAGCAUCUGCACUUGAAUUUGGAUCUGCUGCUGCUCCUGCUUUGACGGCUUUGUUGAAAAUGGGUUCUUGGCUUUCCACUGAAGAAUUUAAUGUCAAGGUUUUGCCAACUAUUGUGAAACUGUUUGCUUCCAAUGACCGCGCUAUCAGAGUUGGUCUUCUGCAGCACAUAGAUCAGUUUGGACCAUCAUUAUCAGCUCAAAUUAUUGAUGAGCAAGUCUUUCCGCAUGUGGCAACUGGUUUCUCGGACACAUCUGCUCUUCUUCGGGAAUUGACACUUAAGUCAAUACUUGUUCUAGCUCCAAAGUUAUCCCAACGCAGCAUAUCCGGUUCCUUGCUGAAAUACCUGUCAAAGUUACAGGUGGAUGAAGAACCAGCAAUUAGAACGAAUACUACUAUUCUCCUGGGGAAUAUAGCUGGCUAUCUAAAUGAAGGGACAAGAAAACGUGUUUUAAUAAAUGCAUUUACUGUGCGGGCAUUGCGUGAUAGUUUUCCUCCAGCUCGAGCUGCAGGUGUUAUGGCUUUGAAUGCCACCAGUGCAUAUUAUGAUGUAACGGAGAUUGCAACUCGCAUUCUACCAAAUGUUGUUGUCCUUACAAUUGACCCUGACAGUGAUGUCAGGUCAAAUGCAUUUCAGGCACUUGAUCAAUUUUUGCAGAUAGUGAAGCAACAUCAUGAAAAGAUAAAUAUGGGAGAUACAAGCAGUACUGCAAGCAAUGGCUUGACGACAUUACCUGUAAAUGCAAGUUUGCUUGGAUGGGCAAUAAGCUCUUUGACACUGAAGGGAAAAGCUUCAGAACAGGUUCCAAUAGGUUCGAGCAGUACUCAAACACCACUUGUCUCAACAACCUCCAAUACCAGUGCGGCUUCAGAUUCAGAUUGCUUGCCAACACAAGUGGAUCCUACCACAGAGGCUGCCGAUCAUCCUGUCCCAUCAUCUCCAACUUCAACUGAUGGAUGGGGAGAGCUUGAGAAUGGGAUUCAUGAACAUGACAGUGACAAAGAUGGGUGGGAUGAUAUCGAUCCAGUGGAGGAGCAUAAGCCACCUCCGGCCCUUGCAAACAUACAAGCUGCACAAAAAAGACCAGUGGUUACACAACCUGUGCAGCCUAAGCCACAAGUUACAACUCUCGGGAGCAAGAGCACUGCAAUCAAACCGACAAGAGAUGAAGAUGAUCUAUGGGGUUCGAUGGCUGCCCCCCAACCGAAAACUGUUGCAAAGCCAUUGACCACAAAGAAAAUAACGUCAAAUGACAAUGACGACCCAUGGGCAGCCAUUGCAGCUCCUCCCCCCUCAACGAAAGCAAAGCCUUUAUCGGCCACGAGAGGCCGUGGUGCUAGAGGUGCUCCUAUGAAAUUGGGUGCGCAAAGGAUAAACCGCACGUCAGCAUCUGAUAUGUAGCAUUAAAAUUGGAAGAAACUGGAAAGAACGAGAGUAAAAAUGAAUGGGUCCAGGUGUGGUUUGUAUUUUGUACCAUGAGGGUAUGUAUUAUUCUUUGGUGUGCGUUCUUUUAAUAAAUAGAUGUAGAGUAUCUCUCUCUCUCUCUCAAAUUCUUUUUGAUGCUAGUAAAAACCAGUGUGACUUUUAAUUACAAAUCAGCUAAAUAUUUAAUUAUCCCAUUUAAAGGAGAAAACCAUAGGCAGGAGCCAUUUGAAAAUUUUGUUAAAAUCCUACUGUAAUCAGAGAACCACAUUUGAUAUACAAUUAUCUAAUAUUGCCUUUCA